GCGCUUUUGUCUCUCUCUCUCUCUCUUUCUCUUUUUCUCUCUUUCUUUUCUUUUAUUUUUUGUCGGAAUCUGGGCCAGUCGGAACUCGCCCCCCCCUGCAGACCGUAUGUGUGCCAGCUGCGUGAUAACGCAGCGCUGAGUUUCUGCAGCUGAUCGAGGGGCGACCGCAUGCAUGACGUGUUUUGUUUCCUCUCUUUCUGCCUUCCCCGGUCAGUGACGCAUUUGACUUCAUGAGGUGAGUCAGAGCUGCGGAGCUGAAAUUUCGGAGGCAGUGGGGGGGACAUUGAAUCCGUCGCUGUAUCUGAACUGACGACUCAGGCGGACAACACCGACCGUAACACGACCUGGUGCCCCUCGAUCAAAGACUGAACACAAACCAGACACAGACUGAAAACCAUGACGGCCAUCAACGCACCUCAGGACAGAUACCACGCAGUAUGGAUUAUUUUCUUCAUCCUGGGCCUGGGAACUCUUUUACCGUGGAAUUUCUUCAUGACAGCAACAAUGUACUUCACAAGCCGACUGAAAGAUCCAAUGACCGAACACAGCAAUGUGACUUCAGAACGCAACAUGCUGGAGUCAAAGUUCAACAACGUCAUGACGCUGUGCGCCAUGGUGCCUCUGCUCAUUUUCACCUGCCUCAACUCCUUCAUACACCAAAGAAUCCCUCAGAAGCUGCGCAUCUCGGGCAGCUUGGCGGUCAUCUUCCUCGUUUUCAUGGUGACGGCUAUAAUGGUCAAAGUGGAGAUAGAGCCUGUUCCCUUCUUCACCCUCACUAUGAUUAAGAUUGUCUGCAUCAACUCGUUCGGCGCCGUUCUUCAGGGCAGUCUGUUUGGACUCGCAGGGAUCCUGCCCGCCUCCUACACCACUCCCAUCAUGAGUGGACAGGGCUUGGCUGGCACCUUCGCUGCCUUCUCCAUGAUCUGCGCUCUGGCCAGCGGAUCACAGCUGAAGGACAGCGCUUUUGGCUACUUCGUCACAGCCUGCGUUGUCAUUCUCCUGGCCAUCACAUCCUACUUCAUGCUGCCCAAGAUGGAGUUCUUCCAGUAUUACAUGGAGAGUAAUAGAUCAGCACCGUCUGCUGACGAGGAAAACAAGAUGGACUUACUGAGGAAAGAAAAUCAGGACGAGAAGCAACCGGGGACGGAGCUGAUGGAGGAGGAAACCAGCGGCGGCACGUCUGUGUUCAACAUCUUCAAACAGGUCUGGGUGAUGGCUCUGUCCGUGUGCUUCAUCUUCACCGUCACUAUAGGAACUUUCCCGUCGGUGACCGCUGACGUCAAGUCAUCAGUGGCUGUAAAGAACAGCAGCGGCUGGGGCAAGUACUUCAUCCCCGUGUCGUGUUUCCUCCUCUUCAACGUGAUGGACUGGGUCGGCAGGAGCCUGACGGCCGUCUGCAUGUGGCCGGGUAAGGACAGCAUCUGGCUUCCUGUCCUGUGUGGCGUCAGAGUCGUCUUCAUCCCGCUCUUCAUGCUAUGCAACGUCGAUCCUCGCGUCAACCUCCCCGUGGUUUUCCGUCACGACGCCUGGUACAUCGCCUUCAUGAUACUCUUCUCCUUCUCCAACGGAUACCUGGCCAGCCUCUGCAUGUGCUUCGGACCCAAGAAGGUACCGCAGCAUCAGGCGGAGACAGCAGGCGCCAUCAUGGCCUUCUUCCUGUCCCUCGGCUUGGCGCUGGGCGCUGGGGUCUCCUUUGGUAUCCGGGUCGUGAUCUAAGCCCCGAGUUUGUGUUGUAAAUAAGACCGCUUCACCCUCGUCACCUCCACCCGACAUGAGUCUGUCGGGGGUGGAGCAGAAGCCAGGGAGGACUGAAAACCCUCGGUCCUUCAGUGUUCAGCAGGAACUCAUCCUGCCUAAAGCUAAAAUGUGUUAAUUUAAUGUUUUUAUUUUCUACUCCAGAUUCAGGAAAUGUGUUUACUUUAAACCAAAUGUUUUAGAUGUUACAGACAACUGUUGAAGCAGCAAUAAUGCUUUUAUAAAACUUUAUUGUCCGUCUUGAUCAGUUUUCAGAUAUGACACAAACCUCGUUAAGAUGCGUUCAGAGGACAUCUGGUCACAGCUGCGGCUCCUCGACACGCCAGUAUUUAUAACCAGUAGGUACGAUUGAUAAGCUGUGAUCAUUAAUCCGAUGUUAGUUAUGACAGAUGUCAAAGUGCCACUCGUUGCUGCACUGCAGGCUCAUGUGAAGAAACCAAAUACACAAAAAGAGAGGGGAGCACAAUGGACUGAAGGGACGCUCCCUUCUGACAAACCACAAUAACAGAAACAGCAAAGAUUCAUUUCAUCCUGGAGAUUGUUUUUCUCUGGAAGCAGUUUUAGAUCUGGAUCUAGUUUUAGAUCAGAUGACAUUUUGACUUGAAUGAUAAGUAUUGCCUGUUCAGAUUUUAAGGCCCACAUCUCAUGUCAUUUGUUUUGUUUUGUUACACCAAGCAUGUGUUUUUGAAAAUAUGAACAACUGCAACAUAACGUGCAGCUUAGAUUAAUUUGAAAAGCGAUUAAAUCAGGAAGAGUGCCAUUUUUUAUGCUUCUUUUAAAAUUAGGUUUUUAUACAAGCAAUAGUUUAUAACGUCUUCCAAGCUCUCACUUCACAAACACAGUAUAUGUAUUUUUGUUUGUUUACAUUUAUUAGCGUUUUUUUGUGUUCAGUAUUGACCAGCUGUAGAAAACCUAGUUGUACACAUCUUAACCAACAAAUGCUUUAAAAGCACUCUCGGUGUUAUGAGCUUCUCUACUGUGUUUAAUGGAAGAAUAAAUCUUUUUUUAAAAAACA